AUGGAGGAAAGCUUAUUUUCCUUAGAAAUAUUAAUAGAUUGUAUCGAAAAUCUACAAGUCCAUUGUGCUUUGCCGGCUAUAUCCUUUCGAUUUCUUGAUUUUCCAAUUAACACCAUUUACCAACUUGAUCCUCAAGCUGUUGACGAAUUAAAGCAACAAUAUUCAUCAGAUCAACUAAAUUCAUCAUUUCUACCACGAGAUAUUGAACAAAAAGUUCGAAAUUACGAUGGUAGCUACACCAUCAAUCGAGGUAAAUCGUGCUUAUUUAAAAUGAAUUUAAAAGAUUUACGUGAGUAUUUAUCCAGCACACCUUUAUGUCUCAUGAUCAUUGAUGUUUGGCAAAAAGUUCCGAAAUUGGUUGGUAGCAUUUUGAUAUCACUAAAUCAUUGCAUGGAAAAGAUCUAUGCCAAAACUAGUAGAUUGGAUAUUAAUAUCCCAGUUAUUAUAGGAGAGAAAGGUACUUUUCCAAUACAUAAUCUAAUGGGAGCUAAAAUAGGAAUGAUGUCGUUAAAGUACAAACUAUUAAGUAUGGGGCAAUCUCUACUACCUCAUGUUACUGAUAAUCUGUCAACUGUAAAUCAACAACAGCAGUCUCUACUUCAAGCGGAAGUAAGUAAAACUGUAAAUGCUUUAAUAAAUGGACCUAAUGAUGAGCAUGAUAAAGAGCAAAGCCUACCUGUCAAGUCAUCGAAAAAAACUGUCGAAACGCAGACUGAAGUUAAGAAAUCAAAACUCAGAAAAGAAAAUGAAUUACUCUUAUACAAAGAAUUUACUCAAGAAGAUAGAAAUAUUCCACAAAAUAUAUCCGCAAAUAUAUUUUGUCCGGUACCGUUAUAUUAUAAUAGUUUAUCUGAUGAUCAAGGAUUAAAAGUAGGGACUUGCAGAUAUCAAGGUGAGAGUUCCGACGGCAGUGAUUAUGUCCCUGAAAUUUUAGAGGUAGAUACUUCGCCGGAUUCUAUUAAAUCCCAGAUGCAUAAAUUUCAAAAUCAAGACAAAACUAUUCCGGUCAAGGGCACUGAUUCCCGACAAGUGCAUUCACGAAGUUUAUCUGUUUCUUCUAAGGCUCAACUUAGGAGCAAACUUAAUGAAUUUCCAAUAUUGAAUGCUCUAUUAAGUGAAAUUUUAGAUCUUGUUAAAGAAGUUGAUGUCGCCGACGAUGAAGACAAUUCAGAAACUAAUUCCAGUUUGAUUCCACAUAGUUCCAAUGAAACAAAUGAAAUAACUUUACAUCAUAAUAAGGACAAAUACACUUCAAAAAAGGGUUCAACUUUGAAAUUUCGAUCUACUAAAACGCAGCGAUUAAGAUUUGCAAAAAUAAAAGAAAAAAAACGAGUUGAUAAGAUUUCAAACGAUGUUGGCGAUCGUAUUGUAAAUAAUAAUAUAAAAGAUGCAAAGGUUGAUCCUAAGGCGCGUAGUGAAUUGCAUUCUAAUGUUAUAGAAGAAAUAAAUACCGAUAAAAUGGACAGCUCUAGCCUAAAUAAAAAUUACUCUAGCUCUGAAAAUGGUGUAGAUAAUAAUGCAACUGUAUCAUUUACCGAAAAUCAUACCGGAAAUUCAGGGAGAUUACAACCCGAAAAGGAUAAUAGCACUAUGGAGGAAGGAGACAUUAAUAACAUAGAGGUAUUAUCACGAAAUGAUCCUGGUUUUACAUCAGAUUUUCAAGAUGAUGGAGUAAAUUCAGUAUCAAGUAAAAACUGGAAUUCACUUCCUGAUAUGCAUGGCCUUGUGAAAACAACUGAAACGGUAGAAGAACCAGAUCUUAAAUCAUACCACGAAUCAUGUUCUCCUGUAGAAGGCCAGAGCUCAUCCGAUGUACAAUGUGAAGAGCCGAACUUGAGGCCUUAUAGUGAUGCAAAAUCGUUAGCAUACUCAUAUGUCCAAGAUUUUUUGAAAGCAGAAGAGAACAAAGAACCACCAGUAGCAAGGAAGGAAAGUUUAAAUACGAGUAAACAAGUAGAUAGCAAGAGUUCAUCUGCUUCUGAUUCCAAGCAACAAAGCUUAUUGUCAGAACACGAAGAUAGCUCGCACGGUGAUCCCAGUCUAAGAAAUAACGAUGGGGACAGAUCAGACGAUGAAUAUUCACAAGAUUUUGAGGAAGAAAGAUCAGACGAGGAAGAAAGCUAUCCUAGCGAUUUUGAAUCUUUCGACGAGAAUUAG